GGGAGACAGACUGUGGAGGAGAAGACGCAAAGCUUCAUCUCUGUCUGGAGAUGAAAGAUACUUUAAUCUUACACUGAACAGACGGAUUUCACUCGGUGCCGGCAUGUAUUUUGGUAGCGUGUGUCACAGUGCUCUGCCGCCGCUGGCCCGUCCCACGCUGGGCAGGACCCUGCCCUCCCCAGACCCGAAGCCCCUCCUCCCCUUCCACCUGCUGCCUGGAUUCACAGACAUGGAUCACGUCCACAAAGCUCUGAUUGGCCCAGGCUUCAGCAUAAUAUCUCCGCUGAAGAGGAAGCAUAGCUCUUGCAGUGUCUGUCGACUGAGGUUCAACUCGGAGGCUCAGGCUUCCUCCCAUUACUGUGGCACCAAACACGCAAAAAGGCUGAAAGCGAUGGACGCCCCUGAUUCAAAGAUCAGGACCUUUGAACCGGUCGCCAAGGAAACCACUUCGCAAAUCCUCUCGUCACCCUGCUCACAGCCCUCCAGCUCUGACACAACAUCAGGAGAAUCGUCAGCACCAGACCCUACCUCAGAGGCGGCACCACCAAGCAGCGCCCCCCCUGAUACUGUGAAUGCACCCUCUGACUCCUCCCUGUCACCCAGCCAGAGGACACCGGAGAAAGAGACCCAAAGAGACAGAGAGGUGGAGGUGGUUCCAGAAGAGGAAACAGAAGAAGAGAAAGCUAUACGUCUUCUCUACUGCUCCCUCUGCAAGGUGGCUGUCAACUCCGCCUCCCAGCUGCAGGCCCACAACAGUGGCACUAAACACAAGACGAUGCUUGAGGCAAGGAGUGGUGAUGGAGCCAUCAAGUCCUUUCCAAGGACAGGGGUCAAGGCCAAGAUGGUCCCGCCGUCUGAGUCGUCAACAGGACUCCAGAACAAAACUUUCCACUGUGAGAUCUGCGAUGUGCAUGUCAACUCUGAGACUCAACUCAAACAGCACAUCAGCAGUAGGAGACACAAAGAUAGAGCGGCAGGUAAACCAGCCAAGCCGAAGUUCAGCCCAUACACUCCAACCCAGCGUCACCAGAGUUUCCAAGCAAUUCGUCUCGCUCUACGGAAGAACCAAGACCUGACCAAACCUCUUGCCUCCUGUCUCCUACAGCGUCAACUCUCUGUUGCCGCUGCUGCUGCUAUGGCAACACUGCCCCCUUUCCCUCUCCGCCCUGCUUCAAACUCGAGUCCCGCCCUAUUUCAGAGUCAGCCCCUCCCUCAGGCCCUGCUGCACCCGGCCCCUGGACCCAUCUGUUCCACACACACGCAGGUUCUGUUUUCACCCUACUGACCCCGUCGACGUCUCAAUCGGCUCUGAACUACGGCUAAAAGCAGACCUGAGACCUGGACAAGAUGUGAUAUAAGACAGUGCUUACAAACAACAGAUACAGUGGGUGUCAUGGACCAGGAUUUAUUUGUUGAGCCCAAAUCCAUGAAGCAGAUUGUGAUAGAUGAAGUACAAAGCAGCAAAUGAGCAAAAGCAGAAUAUUUUCUGAUGUGUGUGUGUUUUGCUGUGUGUGUGUGUGUGUGAAUGUAUGUGUGCAUGCGCAGAUACAGCCAUCAUAGAACUUUUGCUGCAGUUUACUGCACUAAUGCUUCAUUCCCUCAGUAAUUAACUGAUUUAAUAGAUGCUGAUAAUCUAUAUAACAAUAAAAAAAACUCCCCCUUAAAGGGACAGUUUCUCCAAAAUUAAAAAAUACAUAUUCAUCCUCUUACGUGUAGUGCCAUUUAUCAAUUUAGAUUUUUUUGGUGUGUGUUGCAGAAUGUAUGAGAUAUGGCCAAAGAGCUGUCUGCCUUUUCUCAAAUAUAAUGGAACGAGAUGGCAUUCAGCAUUUGUUGUUCAAAGCGCCCAAAAAAUAUAUUUUAAAAAGUCAACAGCGAUAUCUCUUUCCAAAAAUCAUGACCCAGUUACUCAAGAUAAUUCACAGACCUUAUUGUGAGCAGUUUCCUGGAGGAACUAUUUUCUCUCUACUGAUUAUGCUGCCAACUGUAUCCCUGUGCAGAAGGAAGAGUGCAUCUACUCACGGAUGGAACCGUGCUUGUGACAGCCGGAGAUGUAAACAUUAAUAUUGUCCUCUUGGUUGAGCAGUUUAAUGUGAGCUGUGAUACUGCUGGUGAGUGUUGAAGAAAAUUGUUCCUACAAGAAACUGCUCACAGCAAGGUCUUUGGAUCAUCUUGAGUAACCAGGUCAUGAUUUCUGGAAAGAGACAUUGCUGUUAAGUUUUUCAUUUUUUUUUUUUUUUUAAUUUGAGUUUUGAGCACAACAAGCUUGGUGCCAUCCAUCGCCAUUAUAUUCAAAAGAAGGCAGACAACUCUUUGGCCGAUAUCUCCCUACACUUGGCAACUCCCAACAAAACAAUCUAGAUUGAUAAAAAGCAUGACAGGUAAAAGGAAGAAUAUUUCUAUCUGAUUUUGGGGUGAACUGUCCCUUUAAACAGCUUAAUUCAGCAUACACACAAAAAAAAGAUGCAUUAUGAUGGACUUCCAUGAUGACUAUAACUGCGUGUGUUUUGGUGUGCAGAUAUGCAUAUAUAAGUAUGACUGCAAAUCAGAGCAUGCUUGACUGAAGACGUUUAAUAUUUUACAAUAAACAAUAGCUGUGGAUACUCA